AUGUAUGAAGCUGCAAAGAUGACAAUGUUGCGAUUUUACAUUGCAACCAAGCAAAAAGAAAUGAAUGAAAAUGCCACUGAUGUGAUCCUUGUUUCUGCAACCAGUGGCAGUGAAGUCAGUGUCGCAGAACGACAAACAGGAGAUGUCACAAAUGGCACAGAUCAGCUCCAGCCUUCUCCAGAAACAUCUCUUGAUUCUGGAACUAUUACCUUUGGCCCGGUUUACGGCGUGGAAGAAGACACAGACGACACGCUGUUCUUUGAGGAUUUUGUUAUUCCUAUGUUUAGCUAUUCCUCUGCCUCCUUUAGUGAAGACGGUAAGUGCUUAAAAUGUAGUUUAUUUACAGGGCUGGAGGCGAGGCUCAGUCAGUUAGAGGUCCGGUUCUGCCAAUUUGACCAUAAUCCGAUAGCCUCCUCAGCUAACCAGGCUAAGCUAGCGGCGGACCGGCCCAUAGCAGCUGAGGGUAGCCGCUCCCCUGCAGCUCCCGAGCAGCCGGCCAGUCAGGACCGCUGGGUGACGGUUCGGAGGAAGCGUAGUCUUAAAGGGCUCACGGAACACCACCACCCGCUUCAUGUGUCUAACAGAUUUUCCCCACUCAGCGACACACCUGUUGAGAAACCGACCCUGGUGAUUGGCGACUCCAUAGUCAGACAUGUGAAGCCGACUCCAGAGACCAUAGUUAGGUGUAUCCCGGGGGCCAGAGCGGGCGACAUUGAAGCAAAUUUGAAGCUACUGGCAAAGGGUAAUCGUAAAUAUGGUAAAGUUAUCAUCCAUGUCGGAGCUAACGACUCCCGUCUUCGCCAGUCGGAAGUAACCAGAAUGAAUAUUGUCUCGGUGUGUAACUACGCCAAAAGUAUGUCGGACUCUGUAGGUUUCUCUGGCCCCCUCCCCAAUCUGACCAGCGAUGACAUGUUUAGUCGCAUGCUCUCGCUCCGUCGCUGGUUGUAUCGGUGGUGUUCAGAAAACGACGUGGCCUUUAUUGACAAUUGGGAAACGUUCUGGGGAAAGCCCGGUCUGAUUAGAAGAGACGGCAUUCAUCCCACCCGGGCUGGUGCUGCUCUUGUCUCUAGUAAUUUGGCCUGUUUCAUUAGACCCUCUCCCUGACAUCGCAGGGUCCAGGCCAGGAUGCAGAGCUGUAGUUUAACACACUU